GCAAACGAAUCAAGAACCGAAAGAUAGCUAGUAACUCGAAUCGGACCCCGCGCUCGCGGUUCAUCGCAAACCAUGGGGGUUCGCUCGCGUCUUCUCGCAGUUUCUACCUCAGCUCUCCCCCAUCGAAGCCUCUCCGUGUUCCGCCUGGCAAGCGUCGCCGCUUGCUGUCCAACCUCUCGUUAUCGCUCCAAGCUCUUCGCAGUUCGGAUGGCGUCCACCGACUCUUCUGCUCCUGCUCCUGCUCCUGCUCCUGCUCCUCCUCCUCCGCCGCCGCCGGCGCACACCAUCACCUUGCCCGGCGGCGCCGCCCUCCAGAUCGUCGCCGCCGCCGGCGUCUCCGAACCUGAUUUCCGGAAUGCUAUCAGUUGUGCACUAUUUAAGCAGUGGCUGAAUAAUAUCCAGAGUGAAAAAGGCCUUCUAGCUCAUGGCAAGAUGUGUUUAAGACAAGUACAAAUUCAGGGUGUGGAUAUGUUUGGAAGACGUGUUGGCUUUCUAAAGUUCAAAGCUGAUGUAAUUGAGAAGGAAACAGGGACAAAGAUUCCAGGAAUUGUGUUUGCAAGGGGACCAGCUGUUGCUGUACUGAUUCUUUUGGAGUCCGGAGGGGAUACUUAUGCUGUACUAACCGAGCAGGUUAGGGUUCCUGUUGGAAAAAUCAUUCUUGAACUACCAGCUGGCAUGAUAGACGAUGAGAAAGGUGAUGUUGUCGGCACAGCAGUCCGCGAG